AUGUUAAUUAUUAAACAAAACAGUAAAAUUAUUCAAGUUUUCAUAUGUUUUGUAUUUAUUAUAAAAAUUGUUUAUUGCGGUAAUAGUGGUUUUUGUUGUUCUGUUGAUGUUCUUGAUGAUAAUGAAGAAAAUAAAGAAAUAUUAAUUAUUCAAGAUGAAGGUAAUCCAAAUGUUGCGGAAGAAAAUGUUAUUGUGGAAGACGCUGAGGAUCUAUUAAAUGACGUUGUUAAUGGUCAGGAUGAGGAGGCUGAAGGAGAAAAUAAUCUUCAGCUUAUGAAUGAAGACGGCAUCGUUGUUAAUGAGGAGGGUGAAGAGGAAGACCUUCAGUUUAUGAAUGAAGACCAAAUCCAAGCUUUAGCAGACGAACUUGACCCAGAUUUUGAAGUUGACCAAGAGAUUGCAGUUCCAAAUUUUAUACUUCCUGUUCAAAAUGAUGGAGAAGAUUCUUUGGGGACUUCACGUAGCUCUAUAUUUACAAGUACUACUGAUUCUUCUCGAAGAGAUUAA